AUGAAUUCUCAUGGGAACGAAAACGGUGUUAUUACACUGAUCGAACGGUAUGAUAAACCAGAAACAGUAGAGCUAGCAAGUUUUGAUGGUGAGCGAAAUCUUUCGAUCAACUGUGCUGAACUUCGUUACUUGAGAAGAUAUUUGAUCUUGGUUGGACAAUGGUAUCCUCAGGAAUGGAAUUUAACGAAGAGAGCUUUUUAUCAUAUCUGGCAGGUAGAAAACACUAAUUUGCAUGAACAUAUACUUAAAUGUCUUAAAUUAGGGGAACUGUUCAUAUAUAUUAUAUAAGAUCCAUAGUUUUUUGAUAAUGCAUGCUAGAUUGGUGUUAAAGUUGGUUUCAUUAUUAUUGAUUAUAAAUUUAUUAUUG